AUGCAUCGUCAAUAUUGGACCUGCCAUGCUAUCCGCGAUAGCUCAACUAUUUCGCAUACGCUGGGCGUCACUCUUUGGCUUCUUCGCAACGAUACCAAGAAUAAGAUCCACACCCCAGAACUGACUAAAUCGGACACGGACACGAGCGACCCAAAUCUAAGUAGCAAUCAAUUCGCCGUUGUUACAGAAGACCAGUCCAUCAAAGCAAGACGAGCAUUUAUCGAGUCCCUCGACCAAUCCGCCAUCUGUGCAUUGGCGUCAAAAUAUAACAAUGAUAAGCCUUGCCGAGUCGCAAACAAGGCCAACGGUAGUUUCAAUGUUUGCUUCUUUGUUGAAUUUUCCGCCGACGAGCCAAAGUGGGUUGUCAGAGUCCCCAUUGAGCCUGCUGUGAAUAACCCGUGGGAUAAAUUGCUGAGCGAAGUGACAACCAUGCACAUUGGAAACCAGAUGUUUCUCAUCACCGACUUCAUCCAGGGUCAAGCACUGGAUAAAAAACGGUUGCUUGUCGCUAGGGAGGAACACCGACGGAACUUUUACUGUCAACUGAUCGAUAUCCUCACUGAACUUCACGGCCUUAGGUUUCCAUCGAUUGGCUCUCUGAUGCCUAGGCCUGAUGAACCUUCUCGCCCAGUCAUUGGUCCUGUCAUGUCUAUGUCUGCCAAUACACUUCGCUUACCCACUCCGCUAAUGUUCUCGUCCGCCAGGACAUAUAUGAAAUACCAGUUCAACCUCGUUUCAGAGUUCUUCUCGCCUCCAGUCCGCGAUCAUACUAUUGAGGAUAUUCGACACGAAAUCUUUGCUCUUGACGAUCAUCCAGCUCUUGUUGUUCUUUUGAUACAUUCGCCAUUAUCUCGCUAA